UUUUAACAUCCCUGAUCGCGUAUCCAGCAGCCCCAAAUCACUUUAUCACCAGGGGAAGAUGGGCGGCCCCCCUUACACAUCUAAAGGUUGUGCAAAUUGCAGGAAACGCCGAAUCAAGUGUGAUCUUGGAGAGCCAGAAUGUGCUAGGUGCAAGAAAAAAGGUAUCUUAUGCCCUGGUUAUGAUCAGCACCGAAACUUUCUCUACCACACGAUAGUUUCUCGCCAGGAACGUAAUGGAGUUGCCUUGUCCUCAAGACCUGUUGCUCAGCUUGUGAGCCAUCUAAAACCCCUGGCCCUAGCCCCAGUGUUCAACACGAACGCCGAAGUGCGAACCCAGCUGUUCUCGACUUACAUGGGGGUCUACUUCGCGCCCAAUAUCUAUCUUAAUGGCGAGGAUGAUAGCUGGUACUUUUUGAUGAGUCGCUUUCCAAACCUAGCAGGAGAGUCUGAGCUGUUCGACCGGUCCAUCAUCUCACUGGUCUCGGUCUAUCUGGGAGGAAAGACUGGCGAUGCCAAUCUGGCCCGUCAUGGGCUUGAGCUCUAUAACAGCGGGCUGAAGAUGCUGGCGCAGAUUAUCCAUCGAAAUCGCAAGCCAUCGCUAGAUAUUCUCUACGCGACAAUUGUAUUCAGUGCAUAUGAGACUAUGCACGGUGGGGGCGAUGCCCUACGCAACUGUUUUUUACAUGUUCAAGGGGUCUCUGCUGUCUUGAAGCAGCUUGACCUCAGUCAAUGCAGGGACAAAGAUUUGGUGACUUCGAUGUUAAACCGCCAGAAGUGUUGCGUCACAUGUUUUGGCUUCGACCCCAAGUUCCAGCGAGACGUGGAUUGGGCUUGUCUAACGCUCGGGCUGAAUAAAACUCCAAUGGAUAAGACUUUUGAUCUACUCCGCGAGUACCGUGACUCGAAAUGUAAAAGGCUGCUGCAUCACUGCCUAGCGCUCGACUCAGGGAUCACAUUCGAGCGGCUUGAGCUUGAUGAUUUCCCCUCCCUUUGCCCAAGGAGCGACUUGGCCUGCCAGCCUACGCUCUUGCCCCCGGAUCCAAGCAUGAAGCCGUAUAGAUUCCCAGCCUUGAGUAACGCGAAAAUAUUCCUGCUCUUCUGGAUAGCACGCACGACCAUUAACAAAUGUGCGGACGCUACUCGUAUGCGUCAAUGUGCCGGAGAGAUAUGCCGCGCGGUAGCAUUUUGCAUGCAACCCAGCAACCAGAUGUCAUCGGGGCACGCCGUGAUGGUUGCGACUUCCCAAGCCAGUAAAUGCUACAUUGACUGUGGUGAUAGGGAUAUGUUCUUAUGGUGUCAAGGGGUCUAUUCUAUCCUUCAAUCCCAUGGCCUGGACAUAGCGGGGGCUAUGAGUCAGAACGACAGGGGUUUGUGGGCCAUGGCGAACGGCGAAAUCAACUGA